AUUGAGGGAAAAUUCAGUAAUAGUUUAACACUCGGGGAGUUCGCUUCGUUUUGCACGCAAGGAUAAUUUUGUGCUUUUUAUAUUGCACCGUGUUAUCUGUAGUCAAGUUGGCCUGACCCGUUGACGAUUAAAGAGAACCUUCAGCAUGGGGGUGGCUGAAGAUUUCGCUCCCAGCUUUGUGAAAAAGCCACAAUUGCAUCAGGAAGACGAUGGCAAUCGUUUGAUAUUCGAAUGCCAACUUUUGUCGGCUCCAAAACCGGAUAUCGAAUGGUUUCGAAGUGAUAACAAAUUAUCAGAGGAUGGUCGAACCAAAUUCAAAAUCCAACCAAUUGGAGACAACAAAUUUACGGUAGUAUUAGAAUUGGACGAUGUCGUUGAAACAGAUGCAGGCCUUUAUAAGGUUAAAGCAAAAAAUAAGUCGGGAGAAGUAUCCGCAUCAAUUAAUUUAAACUUCACACCUGCUGACGAACCAAAAGAAAAACAAAUCGACGGCAUCGCCCCGACAUUCGAAAAACCCACCAUACGACAAGAAGAGGAUGGAAAGCGUCUUUUAUUUGAAUGCCGAGUAAAUGCCGAUCCUCUACCAACAAUCACAUGGUUUCAUAAUGGCACGCCUGUUGAGGAAUCUACAAGACAUAAACUUAUCGUCGAUAAGGAUGUACAUUCGUAUUUUGCAGCUCUUGAAAUUCAAAAUGUCACAGUUGAGGAUGCUGGCAAAUAUAAAGUGAAUGCAAAAAAUGAGCUUGGCGAGAGUAAUGCAACUAUCAGUCUAAACUUUGACAGCGACGAGGCUCCCAUGCCGGAGAGCACAGAUGGAAUUAAGCCCACAUUUACUGAACGUCCCGUUAUUUGUCAAAGCGAGGAUGGUGGAAAUGUGACUUUUGAAUGUAGAUGCGUUGGAGAUCCAACACCAACGGUUACAUGGUCCCAUGGCGAGACAGUCUUGAGUGAGGGCAAACGCUACAAAAUGUCAUUAACUCUGGAUCAAAAACUCUACCAUAUGGCACGCUUAGAGAUUAGCAGUGUAGUCUCAAGCGACCAAGGCGAAUAUCGAGCCCAAGCGAAAAAUAAACAUGGUACCGGCAUUGCAACGAUUAAUUUAAACUUUGAAAGCGGCUCGAAAAAAAUUCCGGACGGUAAGUCUCCACGAUUCCAAAAGCCAACAAUUCGACAAGAGGAGGAUAUAUUGUUAAUGGAAUGCAUUUUGGAGGCACAUCCAGUUCCGGAUAUAACCUGGUAUUGCUCAGAUAAGCAGAUCACAGACACUCUACGAACUAAAAUGACACGAAAGGCCAUUACCAAAGACAGCUAUAUUUUAACGCUCGAAAUACAAAACCCCACUAAAGAUGAUGGUGGCAACUAUCGAUGCAACGCUAUUAAUAUGUAUGGAGAAAGUAAUGCAAAUAUUGCGCUUAAUUUCCAAGGUGCGAAUGAUGCAAAUGGUUUUGCGCCGUCCUUCAUCGAGAAGCCUAGGAUAAUACCAAAUGAGACUGGCACUUUAAUAACAAUGAAGUGUAAAUGCAAAGCAAAGCCUGAACCAACAGUAACGUGGUACAGAGGACAAGAGCUUGUACAAAAGUAAAAAAUUAAAAUCAACAGCACGAUAAUUUCCGAAGAUAUUUAUGAAUUGACUUUGGAAAUUAAGGAUCCCGGAGCAACUGACGGUGGUACCUACCGGUGCAGUAAAAAUGAUUUCGGUGAAUCAAAUGCGAAUUUGAAUUUAAAUAUUGAAGCAGAGCCUGAGCCCGAAGGUGAAGGCCCAACAUUUAUUGAAAAGCGCAUUAUAUCCGAAAAUAAUGGUAAACUUGUCAUUAUGGAGUGCAAAGUCAAGGCUGAUCCAAAGCCAGAUGUUAUUUGGUUCCGCAAUGGAGAUGUUAUUCAGGAAUCCAAUAAACUGAAAAUGUCCAUGGAACAGCGAGGUGAUCAGUACUACAUUAAAUUGGAAUUACUUGACCCGCAGUUGGAGGACUCGGGAUUGUAUAAAUGCAACAUUAAAAAUACAUUGGGAGAACUGAAUGCGAAUCUCACUCUGAAUAUUGAAAUUGUUCCUGUCAUAAAGGACAAACCUAAAAUCAUUAAAAUAAUAAAACGAACUGUUGUCAUUGAAUGCACAGUUGCUUCCAAAUUCGAACCAAAAUGUACAUGGUACAAGGAAAGCAAUACGGUUCAAGAAAGCAAACGACAUGUGUAUCUAAUUGAAAAAACGAAAGAAGGUGAAUUCGCAGUGAAGCUUGAAAUAAAUGAAGUCGAAGAUAGUGAUAAAGGAGCAUACAAAUUGGUGGCAAGCAAUGAAAAGGGCGAGGCUGUAUCCCAAGUGGUCAAUCUAGUUGACAUUCCAGAGGAAGAGCGUAAACCAACAAAACCGCAAAUUACCCGUAAACUUGUUGAUCAAAAAAUAACUGAAACAAAUACAUUUGAACUUUUGAUAAGUCUAAAGCAAUCUGAUCGCAAAUGCAAAGUAGAGUGGUAUAAAGGAAGCACUCUUAUUCGUGAAACAAAGGAUAUUACAACAACAUUUGAUGGCACGACUGCCAGAUUGACUUUUAGUUCAGCGAAAACAGAGAAUACAUCAAAUUAUAAGGUCGUUGUCGUCAAUGAGGCUGGCAAGGAUGAGUCCUCUUGCAAAAUUACUGUGAAAGAAGAGCAAAAGAAAGAUGAAAAGGUUGAACAGGAAAAGGAAGGAGAAACCGAAAAGAAAACAAAGCAAGAAUCUUCUGAACAAGUGGCCCUGAAGAAAAUUGAACGCAAGGAAGACAAAACGAAAGUUCCCAGAAUGCAGCCUCCUGCGCCCGGUGAGCCACCAAAAAUUGAGGUAAUUCGGGAGAAGCGUCCAUCACUUGCUCCAGAGCCACCGAGUAGACGAGGAUCCCUAAUUCCUCCCGCCGACAUGGGCCGUCGACCAUCCUUAAUCAUUAAUGACGAGAAGGUUGAGUCAUUCCUUAGCCCGCUGAUAGACCAGUUCGCAAAGGAAGGAAAAGAUAAGAAAGUUGUAUUUGAAGCGCGAUUCAGCAAGCCAAAUUGCAAACCGAAAUGGCUUUUAGAAAAGAUGUGAGUGUUCACAGGCAGCAAAUACAAAUUCAAGCAAGAGAAUGAUACGUACCAGUUGAUAAUAACAACGCCUAAGGUGGAGGAUACUGGCAAAUACACAAUUGAAAUUGGCGGCGUGUCCAGCACCGCAUUUCUUAAUGUUGAGGAAGCCGAUCCCACAUACACAUUUACAAAACCACUUAAAAAGAAACUUGAAGGAUUUACGCGACAUGAGACGACAUUGGAAUGUGCUGUUAGCAGUAGCAUGGCCAAUGUGCAUUGGUUCAAGGAUAAAAAAAUUGAAUCGGAUGAUCCACGUUAUUUGAUCUCCAAAGAUAUUAAUGGUAAUCUAAAGCUCAUUAUCAAAGAAUCUCUAUUGGAGGACACGGGCAAAUAUCGAUGUCAAUUAGAUAAACAGCCAGAUAAAACCGAAUGUGCCCUUAAUGUUGUGGAGUAUCCCUACAAGUUUGUCAAAGUACUCAAAUCACAGCAAUGUAUAGAGAAGGAUACUGUUACCCUGGCUUGUGAAAUUGACGAUGCCCAAGGUGAUGUCCAAUGGUUCCGCAAUGAUGAGGAAAUAAAGCCCGAUAAACGUAUGCAAAUUAUUAAAGACGGUCGUAAGCGAAAGCUUGUGAUUAAAGAUUGCAAAGUUACUGAUGCGGGUCAGUUUAGGUGUACAACAAAUGCUGAUAAGACCGACGCUGAAAUUAUCAUAAACUAUCAAAAUCGAUUCAACAAGAAACUUAAAGACACUGAUGCUGUGGAGCGUGAGAAGUUGGUAUUAGAUGUAGAGCUACAGGAUCAAACAGCUCCAUGUGAUUGGAAGUUUAAUGGAGAACCAAUAGUGCCAAACGAACGUAUUGAAAUUAAAAAUUUAGGCGGUGGUAAACAUCAAUUGGUUUUCAACAGUCUUGAAUUAACCGAUGUUGGUGAGAUAACCUGUGAGUCGGGACAAUUGAACUCGACCUGCCAACUUUCUGUACGCAAAGGAGAGAGUAGACCCAACAUAGAUUGUCCAGAUGAGUUCGCUGGUCCUAUAAGUGCAGCUGUAAUUAUUGAAGUGCCCUACAAAGUCUGCGGUACAAGACAAACUCCGAUUGAAGCUAAAUUAAUUAAAGAUGGCAAACCCUUGCCCGUCAAAGAUGUCGAAGUUGCGGUCACCGAUGACAAGGUUACCUUUAAAAUUAAAAAACCCUCGCGAGAUUUGUCAGGACCAUAUCAAAUAAAAAUUGUCAAUGGGCAGGGUGAAGAUACGAAAAAUGUUAACAUUAUAUGCCAAGAUGUCCCAGAACCUCCGAGAGAUAUAGAUAUUACUGAUGUGUAUCAAACUUCGUGUGUCGUGCAAUUCAAACCACCAGCGGACGAUGGCGGAAGUCCUAUAACAAAAUACGUGAUCGAACGCCAAGACUUGAAAAAACAAGGCUGGGAUCCUGUCGCUGAGGUUCUACCAAGCGAGCCAUGUCUUAAGAAAAUUGACGACUUGGUACCAAAGAAGCAGUACAGAUUCCGUUUGCGUGCUGUCAACAAAAUUGGCCCAUCUGACCCGGCUACCUUCAAAAACUCAAUACUCGCGAAAGAUCCAUGGGAUGAGCCUGGUAAACCAAAAGAGGUUGAUCUGGUCGAUUGGGAUAAAGAUCAUGCUGAUUUGAAAUGGGAGGCACCCGACAGCGAUGGUGGUGAUCCCAUCACAGCAUACGUUGUUGAAUAUAAGGAAAAAUUCUCCAGUGAUUGGGUGGCCGGCAAAGAAGUACCCGGAGAUGCUAGAACAGCAACCGUUAAUGAUCUCAAAGAGGGCCAACAGUACGAAUUUCGAGUCCGUGCUAUUAAUCGAGCUGGUCCUGGCGAGCCUAGCGACAAGACGAAAGCCAUUAUUGCCAAAUGCCGUUUUGUUAAGCCAUUCCUCAUUGGCGAUGGCCUUAAAAAUAUUACUAUUAAGAAAGGGCAAACUGUGCGCUUUGAUAUAAAGUAUGACGGUGAACCGGAACCAACGCCUAGUUGGUUGAAGGAUACACAAGUAUUAAAGUUUGACAAUCAGCGCACUUGUCUGGAGCAACUCGAGCGUAACUCGUCCAUUACUAUUAAGAAGGCGGUGCGCAAGGAUACCGGCAAAUACAAAUUAGUUUUGACGAAUAGUUCAGGUACAAUUGAAUCGGAAGCACAAGUUGUGGUCCUUGAUCGUCCAUUGGCACCCGGUGGUCCCUUUGAGCCAGAAGAAGUUCGUGCUCAUCAUAUUAAGAUGAAAUGGAAGCGCCCUGCCGAUGAUGGUGGUUGUGAAAUCACCGGCUAUGCGUUGGAGCGUAUGGAUGAUGAAACUGGACGCUGGAUACCAGCGGGAGAAGUUGGCCCAGAAGAGACGUCAUUUGAUUUCAAGACUCACACCAAAUAAAAAUACAAAUUCCGCGUCAAGGCAAUUAACAAAGAAGGCGAGUCCGAACCGCUUGAAACAACUGAUGCGAUUGUUGCCAAGAAUCCAUACGAUCCUCCAAGUCCACCAAAUCAACCAGUCAUUGAUGAUUAUGAUAAUAAAAGUGUGCUUCUUAAAUGGAAAAGACCUCCAUCGGAUGGUGGACGACCAAUUACACAUUAUAUUGUUGAAAUUAAGGAUAAAUUUUCGCCAACGUGGACGGAAGUAACCAAAACGGAGGAUCCAACGCCUGAAUGCAAAGUUGAAGGACUUAAGGAAAAAAUGAUCUAUCAAUUCCGAGUACGUGCUGUCAACAAGGCUGGACCCUCAGAGCCAUCACAGCCUACCGAUAAUCAUUUGUGCAAGCAUAAAAAUCUUAAGCCACAAAUUGACCGAACGACCUUUAAGCGGGUUACUCUCAAGAGUGGUCGAACUCAUAAAUGGUCGGUGGACGUUAGCGGUGAGCCCGUACCGGAAUUGGCAUGGAGUUGGCGAGAUGAUGUUCCAUUAACGAGCGGUGAUCGAAUUACUAUCGAAAAGGUUGACUACCACACGGAAUUUGUGAUAACAAAUGUAAAGCGCAACGAUAGUGGACUCUAUACAUUGAAAGCUGAAAAUCGAAAUGGGGUUGAUCGCGAAACGGUUGAGUUAAUUGUUUUAGGUAAACCCAGCUCACCAAAGGGACCACUCGUUGUCGACGAUGUUACCGCAACUGGAUGUAAGCUGCAUUAAAAGCCGGAUGACGAUGGCGGAGUACCGAUUAAGGAAUAUGUGAGAAAAAUGGAUACUGCAACUGGUAAAUGGAUACGAGUUGGUAGAUCAGCUGGUGAAAAGAACCCCAGUUUUGACGUGACUGGGUUAAAUCCUGGAUCAGAGUAUAAAUUCCGUGUGUCGGCAGUCAAUGAGGAGGGCGAAUCAGAACCAUUAACAACACUUGUAGGCGUUGUCGCCAAAGAUCCCUUCGAUGAGCCAAAUAAACCUGGUACUCCAGAGGUUGUCGAUUAUGACAAUCAAAGUGUUAAACUGAAGUGGACCCCACCAAAUAAUGAUGGUGGUGCUCCAAUUCAAAAGUACAUCAUUGAAAAGAAAGAUAAAAAUAAACCAGAAUGGGAAACUUUGGAAGUUCCAGGUGAUCAAUUGGAAGGAACAAUUGCCGGUCUUCAGGAAUAUGGUGAAUACGAGUUUCGAGUAAUUGCCGUCAACAAAGCUGGCCCAUCUCCACCGUCAGACGCAAGUCUGCCACAGAUAAUCAAAUAUAAAAAAUUGAAACCUCGAAUUGAUCGCACCAACUUAAAGCCUUUGCUAAUACGUGCUGGCAAACCCAUAAAAUACGACGUCAAUGUACGUGGUGAACCAGUUCCAACAAUUACAUGGUAUCAAAACGACAAUGAGCUCAAACAAGAAAACUUGCCAAGCAAUGCUGAAAAAAACAUACCUCAUAAUACUAAAAUAUCGAUAAUAGAUGCGGUACGAGAGCACACUGGUGUCUAUAAGAUUCGCGCUGAGAAUGAACAUGGUUUUGAUGAGGCAACUGUUGAAGUGAACGUUUUGGGUCCUCCUGGUAAGCAGGGACCGUUAACGGUCAACGAUAUUACCAAGGACAGCUGCAAGUUAAAAUGGAAGAAACCAGAAGAUGAUGGUGGUAAGCCCAUAACGGCCUAUCAAGUCGAGAAAUUCGAAAAACAAGGUCGGUGGGUACCCGUCGGACGUACCUCUGGUAAUGAUACCGAAUUUGAUGUCAAAGGUCUUCAGGAAGGCCAUGAGUAUCAGUUUCGGGUCAAAGCCAUUAAUGAGGAGGGCGAAUCCGAACCUCUCGAGACCGACGGCAGCAUAAUUGCUAAAAAUCCAUAUGAAUCGGCCAGUAAGCCAGGUACACCUAUAAUCGACGAUUACAAUGAACAUAUGGUCAAACUAAAAUGGGAGGUACCAAAAGACAAUGGUGGUGCCCCCAUCACAGGUUACAUUAUUGAAAAAGAUAAAUUCGCACCGAUAUGGGACGAAGUUCUUACCACGAACACACCUGCACCAGAGGCAACAGUCGAGGGUCUUAUCGAAGGAAACGAGUAUCAAUUCCGUGUUCGAGCUAUUAAUAAGGCAGGCCCUAGCGAACCAAGUGAUGCUACUGCACCUCAUUUAGCCAAGCCAAGAAACCUCAAACCAUCCAUAAACCGAGAGAAAAUGAAACCCAUUAAAGUUCGAGCGGGUCAACCCAUUAAAUUUGAUGUAGAUGUCAAAGGAGAGCCCGCACCAACGUUAACUUGGGCCUUUAAAGAAAAAGAAAUUACGCCUAGUGGUCAAGCACGAUUAGAUAAUGAAGAUUAUAAUACUAAACUGACAUUGUUAGAUACGACACGCAAAGAUAGUGGCGUCUAUAAACUUCGUGCUGAAAAUAUUAAUGGUGUUGAUGAGGCGGAAGUGGAAGUUAUUAUAUUAGAUAAACCUUCGAAGCCCGAAGGUCCAUUGGAUGUAAGCGAUAUUCAUAAAGAAGGCUGCAAACUGAAAUGGAAGAAACCAAAAGAUAAUGGUGGUGUACCUCUUACUGGAUAUGUUGUCGAAAAAAUGGAUACUGCGACUGGUAAAUGGGUACCUAUUGGAUCUGUUGAUCCUGUGAAAACUGAGAUUGAUGUGAAGGGUCUCGAGCCCAAUCAUCGCUAUCAAUUCCGUGUUAAGGCUGUCAAUGAGGAAGGCGAAUCGGAACCACUAGAAACGGAAUCAGCAAUUACAGCGAAGAAUCCAUUUGAUAUAGCUUCACCGCCUGGCUUACCAGAGCUGGAAGAUUGGGAUGAGCAUCACGUUAAAUUGAAAUGGGAACCACCUAUGCGAGGGGGAUCACCAAUUACAAACUACAUUAUUGAAGUAAUGGACAAGGAUUCCGGAGAAUUUGUAAAAGCCGCCGAAACCGAUGGUCCCAUUUGCAAAGGUGUUGUCAAGAAGUUGGAGGAAGGUCAACAAUAUAAGUUUCGGGUUCGUGCUAUCAACAAAGCUGGUCCGUCAGAACCAUCUGAGCAAACCAAUUGGCAUACUGCAAAGCCUAGAUUCUUGAAACCCCAUAUUGACAGAACGAAUUUGAAACCUAUAACUGUCAAAGCAGGAUUGUCAAUUAGCUUGGAUGUUAAUGUGAAAGGUGAGCCAGCUCCAACGGUUGAGUGGCUAUUUAAUAGUUUGCCCGUUGUCACCGAGGAAGAGGGUAUUAAGAUUGAUAACGUAGAUUAUAAUACCAAAUUCUUCAUAAUGCGAGCCAAACGCCCACAGAGUGGCAAAUACACCAUAAAGGCCACAAAUGAAGUGGGCGAAGAUAUUGCAGAAUUAGAAGUGACGGUGUUGGGCAAACCAGGAAAACCAAAGGGCCCACUCGAAGUAAACGAUAUAACGAAGCACGGCUGUAAGUUGAAAUGGAAAAAGCCUGAUGAUGAUGGUGGCUCUCCGAUAGACUAUUAUGAAAUUGAAAAACUUGAUCCACAUACGGGACAAUGGUUGCCAUGUGGCAAAAGCUCAGAGCCCGAAACUAAGGUAACUGGACUUCAAGAAGGUAAGCCUUACAAAUUCCGUGUGCGGGCUGUUAAUAAGGAAGGUGAAUCUGAAAGCUUGGAAAUGGAACAGUCGAUUAUUGCAAAGAAUCCAUAUGAUGAACCCGACAAACCGGGACGCCCAGAGCCUACGAAUUGGGACAAGGAUUUUGUUGAUUUGGCAUGGACGCCGCCUAAAAAUGAUGGGGGAGCGCCAAUACAAAAAUAUAUCAUACAAAUGCGUGAUAAGUCUGGUAGAGCUUGGGUGGAUGCGGCCACUGUUCCGGGUGAUAAAACCAAGGGGACUGUUACUGGAGUUGAGGAAGGCCAUGAGUACGAGUUCCGCGUUGUUGCUGUAAACAAAGCUGGUCCAAGCGAUCCCAGCGAUGUCUCCAAGUCCGUGGUGGCAAAACCACGAUUCUUAAAACCACACAUUGAUCGCAAGAAUCUACAAAAGAAGAUCAUGCGCAGUGGCCAAAUGUUACAUAUGGAGGCUACAGUUAAAGCCGAGCCUCCAGCGAAAAUCACCUGGACAUAUAAUGGAGCGGAAAUUGCAAGCAAUGAAAUUAAAAUUGAAAAUGAAGAGUAUAAGACGACGUUUAUAAUGCCUAAAGUACGACGCGCCGAUAAAGGAUUGUAUGUGGUUUCAGCUAAAAAUGAUUCUGGAAUGGAUAUGGUAGAGAUUGAGCUCGAAGUAUUAUGCAAGCCAAGCAAACCAAAGGGACCUUUAGCUGUAUCCGACGUGUCGGCUGAAAGUGUACACCUAAAAUGGGAAAAGCCAGAUGACGAUGGUGGAGAACCCAUUGAACAUUAUGUAGUUGAACGUAUGGAUACCGAAACUGGUCGUUGGGUGCCAGUUGCGAACAAAACGCCCGAAGCCAGUAUUACCGGUUUAACGGAAGGCAAAGAAUACUUCUUCCGCGUAAAGGCUGUCAAUAGCGAAGGAGAAUCCGAACCUUUGACCACUGAUACGCCAAUUACAGCGAAAAAUCCAUACGAUGCAGCCAAUACACCUGGUAAACCACAACUUACUGAUUGGUCGGCUAAUCAUGCCGAUCUCAAAUGGCGGGAGCCAGAAGAUGAUGGUGGUACUCCUAUUACCGGCUAUAUUGUUGAGAAGAAGGAUAAUAAUACCGGCAAAUGGCAAAAGGUAUUAGAAACAAAUACUCCUGCUUGCAAGGCCCGUGUUAACGAUUUGAUAGAAGGCACCAAAUAUCAGUUCAGAGUCAAGGCUAUCAACAAGGCGGGCCAGAGUAAGCCAUCUGAGCCUUCGGAUCAAAUGAUAGCCAAAGACCGAUUUGCACCACCGAAAAUUGACAGAACCAACAUUAAGGAUAUUACUAUCAAGGCUGGUCAGCAUAUACGAUAUGACAUUAAAAUUUCAGGAGAGCCAGUCCCAUCCAAGAUAUGGUUCCAUAAUAAAGCUCGAAUCGAAGAUGAUGCGUAUAACAUUGAUAUGGAAGCGCAUCGCACAAAAUUAUCACUUCCGUAUGCCAAGAGAAUACAUACCGGCAAAUACACAAUCAAAGCUGAAAAUGAAUCGGGCCAUGAUGAGGCCUCCUUCGAGGUAACUGUUUUAGAUAAACCAGCUUCACCAGAAGGUCCAUUGCGUGUCUCAGAUGUGCACACGGAAGGAUGUAAGCUAAAGUGGAAUCCACCUCUGGACGAUGGUGGAUUGCCCAUUGAACUACGUGGUUGAGAAAAUGGAUCUGAGUCUGGUCGCUGGCUACCAUCGGGUCGCUUUAAAGAGCCAUUUGCUGAAUUAAAUAAUUUAGAGCCCGGUCACGAGUAUAAAUUUCGAGUGCUGGCAGUCAAUACGGAAGGUGAAUCGGAGCCACUUAACGGUGAUCAUUCAAUUAUUGCCAAGAAUCCAUUUGAUGAACCAGGCAAACCCGGCACUCCAGAACCUGUUGAUUGGGAUAAGGAUCGCGUCGACUUGGUAUGGCGACCGCCAUUAAAUGAUGGUGGCUCUCCCAUAACUUCUUAUGUUAUUGAAAAACGUGAGAAAGGCGGAGAUAAUAAAUGGUUGAAAGGAGCUGAAAUACCUGCACCGCAAUUUGGUGAAGAGUGUAAGGCGUCGGUGCCAAACCUGGACGAAAACUGUGAAUACGAGUUUCGAGUUAAAGCUGUUAAUGCGGCUGGCCUGGGAGAACCAUCCGAUGCUAGUCGAUCGAUCGUCACAAAACCCAGAAAACUUGCACCCAAAAUUGAUCGCCGCAAUAUUCGCACGUAUAAUGUGAAAGGUGGUGAGCCAAUAUUCUUGGAUAUUAACGUUAGCGGCGAACCAGCUCCCGAAAUAAGUUGGACUCAAAAUGGCAAAACAAUAAGUCCCACAUCUGUAUGCCACAUCGAAAACGUGCCUUACAAUACGAAAUAUAUAAACAAUAACCCAGAACGCAAAGACACAGGGCUUUAUAAAAUUGUUGCUCAUAACCUUUAUGGGCAAGACCAAGUCGAAUUUCAAAUAAAUAUAAUAACAAAGCCAAGUAAACCUGAAGGUCCCUUGGAAGUAUCUGACGUUCACAAGGACGGCUGCAAACUGAAGUAAAAACCAAAGGAUGACGGCGGCGAACCAAUCGAUAGUUAUUUGGUCGAAAAAUACGAUCCUGAUACUGGCAUUUGGUUACCUGUGGGUAAGACUGAUAUACCUGAAAUUACUGUGGAUGGAUUGAUACCUGGUCAAGAGUACAAGUUCCGUGUGAAAGCCGUUAACAAAGAAGGCGAAUCUGAGCCAUUGGAGACUUUAGGCUCAAUCAUCGCUAAAGAUCCAUUCACUACACCUUCGAAACCAGGAGCACCAGAACCUACAGAUUGGACUGCAAAUAAGGUGGAAUUGGCGUGGACAGAACCAGCUACUGAUGGCGGCUCACCAAUAACCGGGUACAUUAUUGAAGUCAAGGAUAAAUAUAGUCCACUAUGGGAAAAAGCACUCGAGACAGACAUUGCAACUCCAGUUGCAACCAUCAAUGGAUUAAUUGAAGGCAAUGAGUAUCAAUUCCGCGUAAUUGCACUUAACAAGGGCGGGCAAUCCGAGCCAUCGGAAGCAAGCAAAACAUUUGUAGCUAAACCACGGUAUUUGGCUCCAAAAAUCGACCGCAGAAAUCUGCGAGAUAUAACUAUAUCAGCGGGAACUGCUCUCAAAUUUGAUGCAAAUAUUAUUGGCGAGCCAGCCCCGAAAGUAAAUUGGAAAUUUUCGGAUUAUCCACUGCAAUCUGGUAAAAACGUUACAAUUGAAACUCCCGACUAUUUUACAAAAUUAGUGAUACGUCCGACACAUCGCGCCGACUCUGGCGAGUAUUUAGUUACGGCUACAAAUAGCUCGGGUAAAGACAGUGUGUUAAUUAACGUGAACAUAACGGAUAAACCAACUCCACCCAAUGGACCGCUUCAGAUAUCGGAUAUUCACAAGGAAGGGUGUCACUUGAAGUGGAAGCGCCCCAAUGAUGAUGGUGGUACCCCCAUAGAAUAUUUUCAAAUCGAUAAGUUAGAUCCGGAAACUGGAAAUUGGAUGCCUUGUGCUCGUUCUUCAGAGCCACAAGCCGAUGUUAAUGGUCUAACACCUGGAAGUGAGUAUAAGUUCAGAGUAUCUGCUGUAAAUGCCGAGGGUGAAUCCGCUCCCUUAGUUGGUGACGAACCCAUUAUUGCUAAAAAUCCAUUUGAUGAGCCCGACAAGCCUGAGAAUCUUCGUGCUGUCGAUUGGGAUAAGGAUCACAUUGAUUUAGCCUGGACUCCGCCGUUAAAUGAUGGUGGUUCUCCUAUAAUUGGCUACCUUGUAGAAAAAGACAAGUAUGGCAAGUGGGAGAAAGCAUUGGAAGUUCCAGCUGAUCAAUGUAAAGCCACUGUACCCGAUUUAAUCGAGGGUCAAGCCUAUGAGUUCCGGGUCAGCGCUAUUAAUGCUGCCGGCCCUGGGGAACCGUCGAAUACCACAGGCCCAAUUAUCGCCAAAUCACGCAACAAGCCACCCGUCAUUGACCGCAGUAGUUUAAUUGAGGUUCGCAUUAAAGCAGGUCAAGCGUUUGGUUUUGAUUGCAAGGUCUCGGGCGAGCCAGUCCCAAAACUAAAGGCUACUAAAAAGAAAGAAGUCUAUACGAAAGACAACGCAAAGGUCACUCAUUUGGAGUACAAUACUAAACUUAAGAUAACAAAUGCAACACGCUCUGACUCCGGUUUAUACACAGUUCAUGCUGAGAAUAUUAACGGUGAGGAUAGUGCUGACGUUAAGGUCAUCAUUAUUGAUAAGCCAUCGCCACCCAAUGGACCGCUCAAGGUGGAAAAUGUACAUGCCAAUGGUUGUACUUUGAAAUGGAGUCCACCCGAUGAUGACGGAGGUCAGCCCAUUGACAGUUACAUUGUUGAGAAAUUCGAUGAAGCAACUGGACGUUGGGUGCCGGCAGGAGAAACAGAUGGACCUAAGACAAAUCUGGACAUUAAAGACUUGAUACCAGGACACAAAUAUAAGUUUAGAGUACGUGCUAAGAACCGUCAGGGCACAUCAGAUCCACUUACCACACCCCAUUCAACUGAAGCUAAGAAUCCUUACGAUGAACCAACUAAACCAGGCACUCCUUUAAUUAAAGAUUUUGAUAAAAACUUUGUUGAUUUGGAGUAGAGGCCAAACAGCGAUGGCGGCUCCCCAAUUAGUGGUUAUAUUAUUGAGAAGCGUGAUAAAUAUGCACCGGAUUGGGAAACAUGCGGAGAGAUUGAAGGCGAUGUUACCAGCGGUCAUGUACCUGAAUUAAUUGAGGGCGUUAAAUAUGAAUUCCGUGUGCGAGCUGUAAACAAAGCUGGGGCAAGUACGCCAAGUGAUCCAACAGCGCCUCAUUUGGCACGCGCGAAAAUUGCCCCGAAAAUCGAUAGGAGUUUUAUGGCAGAUAUUAAGGUACGAGCUGGCAAUGUUGUUGAAUUCGAUGUACCGGUCAGUGGAGAGCCAAUACCAAGCAAGGACUGGUCGCAUGACGAUAAUAUUGUCAUUAAUACGGAUCGCGUAAAAUUCAAUUUUGAUGAUCGUACAAAAUUACGCAUUCUUGACGCCAAACGGAUUGAUACGGGAACAUACACGCUACUGGCGCGCAACCAUAACGGUGUGGAUAAGCAUUCGGUUAAAGUGACGGUUCUGGAUGUUCCCAGCGUACCAGAAGGACCUCUACGUGGCGACGACGCUACGAAGAACUCUAUCGUAUUACGAUGGCGACCACCCAAAGAUGAUGGUGGCUCAGAGAUCACUCAUUAUAUUGUAGAAAAAAUGGAUAAUGAUGCGAUGCGUUGGGUUCCAGUCGGUGAAUGUUCUGGCAACGAGUUACGUGCCGAGAAUCUUAUCGAAAAUCAUGAUUACAAUUUUAGAGUACGGGCUGUCAACAAAUUGGGCCAAUCACAUCCACUGACAACAUCACAAGCCAUUACAGCCAAAGACCCAUUCACGCGUCCUGAUAAACCAGGACAGCCUCAGGCUGUGGAUUGGGGCAAGACCUUUGUUGAUUUAGAGUGGGCAACGCCAAAACGUGAUGGAGGCGCGCCAAUCACUUCUUAUAUUAUUGAAAAGCGUCCAAAGUUUGGACAAUGGGAAAAUGCUUUGGUUGUGUUAGGUAAUGAACUCAAAGCUCACAUCCCUGACUUGACUGAGGGAGGUGAGUAUGAAUUCCGUGUCAUUGCAGUAAAUCGUGGCGGUUCAAGCGAUCCCUCAGAUCCGUCUGGCACUGUGAUUUGUAAGCCACGCUUCCUCGCGCCAUAUUUCGAUGCAUCUCUAUUAAAUGACAUUACCGUGCACGCUGGAAAACGCUUGGGUUGGACUCUUCCCAUUGAAGCAUCACCUAGGCCGAGCAUUAAAUGGCUUUUUAAUGGCAAGGAAGUGCUCGGUGAAUCGAAUCUCUUCCAAAAUGAACUGACUUUUGAGAUAUCAUCGGCACGUCGCAGCGAUGAGGGACGAUAUACUUUGAUAUUGAAAAAUGAACAUGGUUCGUUUGAUGCAUCGGCUCAUGCUACUGUACUGGAUCGCCCAUCUCCUCCAAGGGGUCCUCUCGAUAUAUCGAAAGUUUCGGAUGGCUGCCACUUGGCCUGGCAUGUACCAGACGAUGAUGGCGGGUCUCCAAUACUACAUUACAUAAUCGAAAAGAUGGAUCUGUCCCGCGGCACUUGGUCCGAUGCCGGUAUGAGCACUCAUCCUGUUCAUGAUGUCAUACGUCUGAUCCACAACAAGGAAUAUUUAUUCCGCGUGAAAGCAGUCAAUGCUAUUGGAGAAUCGGAACCAUUGGAGCUCGCCAAGAGCAUUAUAGAAAACGAAUUUGAUGAACCAGACGCUCCUGGAAAGCCACUUGUUACCGAUUGGGAUCGCGAUCAUGUCGACCUACAAUGGACACCACCGAAAUCUGAUGGCGGUGCCCCACUCUCUGAAUACAUCGCAAAGAAGCAAAAGGGUAGCCCUUACUGGGCGAAUGUUUUACAUGUCCCUGGAAACAAAACAAACGCCACAGUUCCCGAACUUGUUGAGGGACAAGAAUACGAAUUUAGAGUGAUUGCCGUUAAUCAGGCUGGACAGUCUGAGCCGUCAGAGCCAACAGAUCCCAUCAUGGCCAAGCCUCGUUAUUUGGCGCCAAAGAUCAUCACGCCCCUUAACGAGGUCCGCAUUAAAGCUGGACUUAUUUUUCACGUGGAUAUUGAUUUUAUUGGCGAGCCUGCUCCUGAAGCUAUUUGGACGCAUAAAUGUAAUCAAUUAAAAUCAAAUGAGCGUUCGACAAUUACUGCAAUUGGACACCAUACUGUUGUGCACACUGUAAAUUGUCAACGUUCAGAUUCCGGUGUCUAUCAUUUACUUUUGCGGAAUGAUUCAGGCAUUGGAGGAAGCUUUGAAUUGAUUGUACUCGAUCGACCCGGACCACCAGAAGGUCCGUUGGUGUAUGAAGAAAUUACUUCAAAUUCCGUCACAGUAUCAUGGAAGCCACCCAAAGACAAUGGCGGCUCUGAAAUUUCGGCAUACGUUAUUGAGAAACGCGAUUUAACGCAUGGUGGAGGCUGGGUUCCAGCUGUGAACUAUGUGAACGCAAAGUACAAUCAUGCGAUUGUUCCUCGUUUGCUCGAGGGAACUAAAUACGAGUUUAGAGUUAUGGCUGAAAAUCUGCAGGGUCGAUCUGACCCCUUGACAUCCGAGCAGCCUGUGAUUGCUAAUCAAUACACUGUACCAGGAGCACCGGGUAAACCUGAUUUAAUUGACAGUGACAAGGAUCAUAUCGCUAUUAAAUGGAAGCAACCGAUUAGCAAUGGUGGCUCGCCGAUAUUAGGUUACGUCAUCGAACGACGUGAGGUCAGUACGGGCCGUUGGUUAAAGAUCAAUGGUGAACCAGUGCCAACCACCGAAUAUACCGAUAAUCGCAUAACACCAAAUCAUCAAUAUCAGUAUCGCAUAUCGGCAGUCAAUGCAGCCGGCAAUAGCAAACCUUCUGAACCAUCAGCAACACUUACGGCCCGCCCUAUGCGCGAGAAGCCGCAACUUUAUUUGAAUGGCUUGGUUGGCAGACGUGUUAAGGUACGCGCUGGCGAACCAGUAAAUAUCAACAUACCCAUUUCUGGAGCACCAACGCCGACAAUUGAAUGGAUGCGUGGUGAUGUAAAAUUGUCAGAGUCAAAGAAAAUCUCUUGCGAUACAAAUUCGGAAAGAACUAUUUUCCGAAUAGAUGAUUCUGCUCGAGAAGAUGCUGGAAUUUAUAAAUUGAGUGCGAAAAAUGAAUUUGGUCAGGAUUCAGCUGAUAUUGAAAUUAUUGUUGUGGACAAACCAUCGCCUCCUGUGGGACCACUUAACUACACGGAAACUGCUCCUGAUCAUAUCUCACUACAGUGGAAUCCUCCCAAAGAUAAUGGUGGUAGCGAUAUAACAGGCUAUAUUAUUGAGUUCAGUGAGUUUGGUGUUGCCAAUUGGAAACCCGUGCCGGGAUAUUGCCCCAAAACCAAUUAUUGUUGCAAGGGACUCAUAGAAGGCAAGAAAUAUGUGUUCCGCGUACGUGCUGAGAAUAUUCAUGGUAUCUCCGACGCCUUGGAAGGUAAGCCAGUUGUGGCCAAAUCACCAUUUGAUCCGCCUGGUGAGCCAUCACAACCCCAAAUUGUUGCUUACACUCCGAACUCAGCUUCAUUGGAAUGGCAUCCUCCAGAUUAUUGUGGAGGAAAACCGAUUUCAGGUUACAUUGUUGAGCGGCGAGAGCGAGGCGGUGAGUGGCUCAAAUGCAAUAAUUAUCCUACACCAAAUACCAGCUAUACCGUGCCCGAUCUACGUGAUGGUUGUCGAUACGAGUUCCGUGUGACAGCCGUAAAUGAUGCUGGCCCAGGAAAACCAUCGAAGCCAUCAGAACCAGUGACAGCGGAGCUACAACGCUAUCGUCCUGAUGCUCCAGAACCACCAAAAGCCGAUCGCAUCACAGAAAGCGUUACACUUUCAUGGCGCCCUCCACGUAAUGAUGGCAAGUCGAAAGUCAAGGGCUAUCACGUUGAAGUGCGUCCAAAGAACUCCAAAGAAUGGCGUCCCGUUAAUGAAUUACCAAUCAAUGCAAAUGUUUUCACUGUUCCUAAUUUGAAAGAAGGCGAAGAAUAUUCAUUCCGAAUUAUUGCUGAAAAUGAUGUUGGUCGCUCGGAACCCUCAAAACCAUCGCAGCCUAUCACAAUCAUGGAGCAACCUAAUAAACCAUGCAUGGAUUUGGGUGGUGUACGCGAUAUUAUUUGUAGGGCCGGCGAUGAUUUUAGCAUUCAUGUGCCAUAUGUGGCAUUCCCGAAACCAAAUGCAUUCUGGUACUCAAAUGAUACUGUAAUUGAUGAUGUGCUAGAUCAUCGUGUGCAUCAACGUUUAACAGAUGAUGCGGCUUCAUUUGUUGUCAAGAAUUCCAAACGCUCCGAUUCAGGUCAAUACCGUUUACAGCUGAAGAAUCCUUCAGGGUUCGAUACGGCCACAAUAAAUGUGAAAGUUUUGGAUAGACCGGGCCCACCACAUAAUUUGCGUGCUGAUGAAUUUGCUGGGGACUCAUUAACCCUUUAUUGGAAUCCUCCGAAAGAUGAUGGUGGUUCACCAGUGCAAAAUUAUAUAAUAGAAAAGAAAGAGGCUCGUUCCUCAACUUGGUCUAAGGUGAGCAGCUAUUGCACCGUGCCUUUUGUACGAAUUCGCAAUCUUGGAAUUAAUAAAGAGUAUGAAUUCCGCGUGUUUGCUGAGAAUAAAUAUGGUACAUCGGAAGCAGCCAUUACAACAGAACCAAUACGUGCUCGCCAUCCAUUUGAUGUACCAAAUGCACCUGGUAUUCCCCGAGGCAUUGAUUCUAGCGAGGAUAGCAUUACUAUUGCCUGGUCUAAGCCCAAGCAUGAUGGUGGUUCACCGAUUACUGGAUACAUAAUCGAAAAGCGCUUGUUAAGUGAAGAGAAAUGGACAAAGGCAAUGCAUAAUCUAUGCCCGGAUUUAACGUGCAAGGUGCCCAAUUUAAUAGAGAAUGCAGAGUACGAAUUCCGUGUAGCGGCUGUUAAUGCUGCUGGACAAUCCCCUUAUAGCGCAUCCAGUGAUUUAAUUUAUUGCCGCCGACCACCGCACGCACCAAAGAUCACUUCCGAUUUAUCUAUACGGGAUCUCACUGUGAUUGCUGGAGAAGAAUUCCACAUUACUGUGCCAUAUCACUCGAAUCCAAGGGCUGUACCGAAUUGGAGUAUUAAUGGUAUUGACGUUGUUCAGGAUAAACGCAUUAAAUUUGAAACAGAUGAUUACAGCUCGAUAUAUAGAAAUGUAAGCGCCAAACGAUCGGAAACUGGUUCAUAUACAAUUACAUUAAGCAAUACUAAGGGUUCGGACACGGCAUCUUGCCAUGUGACUGUGGUAGAUCGUCCUGGCCCACCGCAAGGACCAUUAAAUGCUUAUGAUAUUACACCGGAUACGUGUACGUUAGCUUGGAAGACUCCUUUAGAUGAUGGUGGGUCGCCCAUUACUAACUAUGUUGUAGAGAAGUUAGACACGAGUGGCACUUGGGUAAUCAGUAGUUUUGUUCGUAACACGCACUACGAUCUAAUGGGCCUGGAACCCAAUCAUAAAUACAAUUUCCGAGUGCGUGCUGAGAAUCAAUAUGGCCUGUCUGAUCCACUGGAUUUGUCCGAGCCGAUAACAGCCAAACAUCAAUUUACUGUGCCUGAUGAACCUGGACAACCCAAAGUCAUAGACUGGGACUCAGGCAAUGUGACUUUGAUCUGGACACGUCCAACAAGUGAUGGUGGCUCUCGUAUUCAAGGCUAUCAAAUUGAAUACAGAGAUGUUGUGAACGACUCUUCAUGGAAUACUUAUGAGUUCCUCAUCAAGGAUACCAAAUAUCAACUAUAUAAUUUGAUGAAUGGCAAUGAAUAUGAAUUCCGUAUCAAGGCAAGAAACGUCGCUGGUCUUAGCAAACCGUCGCAACCAUCAAUGAGAUUCAAACUUAAGGGUAAAUUUAAUGUGCCUGCGGCACCAGGAACUCCACAAGUGACGAAAGUUGGCAAAAAUUAUGUCGAUUUGAAGUGGGAAAAACCAAUAAAUGAUGGAGGAUCUCGCAUCACCGGUUACAUAAUCGAGAGACGAGAUAUUGGUGGUGCAGUUUGGGUUAAGUGUAAUGAUUAUAAUGUGCUAGAUACCGAAUUUACAGUCAUUAAUCUUAUCGAAAUGGGCGAUUAUGAGUUCCGCGUAUUUGCUGUUAAUGCAGCUGGUCGUUCUGAACCCAGUUUAUGCACCAUGCCCAUUAAGGUGUGCGAAAUUUUGGGCGGCGAGAAACCUGAUUGGAUUAAACGUUUACAAAACCGAGUCGCACCUUGCGGUAAAGAUUUUACUUUGGAAUGCGCAGCAUCAGGUAAACCAAGACCUACUGCCCGUUGGCUACGCAAUGGCAAAGAAAUCCAAAUGGGUGGAGGACAUAUCUCAAGCGAUAGCAAGGAUGGCGUAUUUAGAUUGCACAUAUCUAAUGUACAAGCUAAUGAUGAUGGGGAUUACACUUGUGAAGCCAUCAAUUCUUUAGGAUUUGUACAUACCUCGGGUUAUCUAAAAGUGGGCUCGCCACCUAUUAUCAAUAGAUGUCCCAAUGAACUGUAUUUACCAGAGGGCGAUAAUAACAAAUUUAAAGUUUAUUAUUCUGGAGAUCAGCCGAUUUCAGUGAGACUAACACGCAAUAAUGAGCCCAUAAUUGAUUCAGGCGAUAACUCACAUUUUAGACUUAACAUCUUCGAUGAUUAUAUUGCCAUUUGUAUCAGGGAUAUUGUGAAAAACGAUGCUGGUCAAUAUCAAAUUGAAUUAUCUAAUGAUUCUGGCAAUGCAAACGCGAAUUUUAAUGUCUUUAUUACUGGUCUUCCUUCAAUACCAACUGGUCCUUUGGGAAUAUCUCACAUUAAUAAGCACUCUUGUACAUUGGCUUGGCGUCCACCUAGUUAUGAUGGCGGACUAAAGAUCACUCACUAUGUGGUGGAACGCAAGGAUCUUACUUCACCUCAUUGGAUUACAGUAUCGAGCUCAUGCAAGGAUAUGUCGUUCAAUGUGCAAGGUCUGCUUGAGAAUCAAGAAUAUAUAUUCCGAGUGAUGGCUGUUAAUGAGAAUGGUAUGGGUUUGCCAUUAGAAGGCUUAAAUCCGAUACGCGCCAAGGCUCCAGUUGAUCCACCAUCACCGCCCGGCAUUCCACAAAUUACCGAAAUCGGCGGAGACUUUGUUCACUUGGAAUGGACCAAGCCCGAAUUCGAUGGCGGUGCCCAUAUCCAAGGCUAUUGGAUUGACAAACGCGAAAUUGGCAGCGAUACUUGGCAACGAGUUAAUCCAAUCAUAUGUCUACCCAAUCAAAUUAACUGCCACAAUCUAAUUGAGAGUCGUCAGUAUGAAUUCCGAGUUAUAGCGCAAAAUAUUGCGGGGCUUUCAAAGGAAUCAUCUGCAUCGCAGACCGUUAAAAUUAUCGAUCCAAAGGCGGCAACGCCACCCAUUAUUGAGAAACCACUGCGCGAUGCACAUUGCAUUCAAAAUCACAAUGCGCAGUUCACUUGCACCAUAACUGGUGUACCUAGACCAACUAUAUCCUGGUUUAAGGGCGAGGAAAUAACAAAUGGAGCUCGAUAUCGCAUCUAUUGAGGGGACACUCAUUUCCUCAAUAUUAACGAUAUUUUUGGUGAAGAUGCCGACGAAUAUGUUUGCCGUGCUGUUAACAAAGCUGGUGCCAAGUCCACACGUGCUGCACUCGCAAUUAUGACUGCCCCUAAACUAAAUGUGCCACCAAGAUUUAGAGAUACUGCCUACUUCGAUAAGGGUGAAAAUGUUGUUAUCAAAAUACCUUUCACCGGUUUUCCCAAGCCUCGCAUACAUUGGGUUCGGGAAGGAGAAUGUAUCGAAUCUGGCGGUCACUACAAUGUUGAAGUGAAGGAUCGUCACGCUGUGCUGACAAUACGCGACGGCUCUCGCCUCGAUUCAGGGCCAUAUCGAAUUACAGCUGAGAAUGAACUUGGCGUCGAUGUCGCCAACAUCCAAGUGCAAAUCAGCGAUAGGCCAGAUCCGCCACGUUUCCCGUUAGUGGAAAGUAUCGGGACUGAUUCGCUGUCUCUAAAUUGGAAACAACCUGUUUGGGAUGGCGGUAGCGACAUUACAAACUACCUGGUAGAACGCCGCGAGCAUCCAUUGUCUUCGUGGAUACGUGUGGGUAACACACGCUUUACUUCAAUGGCUGUCAGUGGCUUAAGCCCAGGCAAGGAGUAUGAUUUUCGUAUUUUUGCCGAUAACGUUUAUGGACGUUCGGAUUCAUCGGAAAUAAGCACUUUGAUCAAAACGAAAGAUGCAACUAAGAAGAAGCCAACAGAACGCAAAUGGGAGUUGGAUGCGAAUGGCAAAAGAAUUCGUGGCAAGGCCGAUGGACCUAUUAAGGAUUACGAUUCUUAUGUAUUCGAUAUUUAUUCAAAGUUUGUUCCACAGCCCGUGGAAAUAUCACAAUCCAGUGUUUAUGAUAAAUACGAUAUUCUAGAGGAAAUCGGAACUGGAGCGUUUGGUGUUGUCCAUCGAUGCCGUGAGCGCAGCACUGGCAAUAUUUUUGCAGCAAAAUUCAUACCUGUAUCGCAUUCCGUCGAAAAGUUGAUUCGCCGAGAGAUUGAUAUUAUGAAUCAGCUGCAUCAUCAAAAACUUAUCAACUUACAUGACGCUUUCGAAGAUGAUGAUGAAAUGGUACUCAUUCUGGAAUUUUUAUCCGGUGGUGAACUCUUUGAGCGCAUUACGGCUGAAGGCUAUGUGAUGACCGAAGCUGAAGUUAUCAACUAUAUGCGACAAAUAUGUGAAGGCAUCCGGCACAUGCAUGAGAAGAAUAUUAUUCACUUGGAUAUUAAGCCUGAGAAUAUAAUGUGUCAGACUCGUAGUAGCACAUGUGUUAAGCUCAUUGAUUUCGGAUUAGCCACACGAUUGGAUCCAAAUGAAAGUAAAAUCACGACGGGAACAGCUGAAUUUGCUGCUCCGGAAAUUGUCAACAGAGAACCCGUUGGCUUCUAUACUGAUAUGUGGGCAACCGGAGUACUUGCCUACGUUCUAUUAAGUGGACUUUCUCCAUUUGCUGGAGAUAAUGAUGUGCAAACACUGAAAAAUGUGAAGGCAUGUGAUUGGGACUUUGAUAAGGAAGCAUUCAAACACAUUUCCGAAGAGGGCAAAGAUUUUAUAAGGAAACUUCUUCUUGCCAACAAAGAGAAACGAAUGACGGCGCACGAAUGCCUGUUGCAUCCCUGGCUGACGGGAGAUCAUAGUGAAUUAAAACAAAAAAUUGCACGCGAUCGUUACCUCGCAUAUCGAGAGAGACUAAGACAAAAAUAUGCCGAUUUCGAAAAGUAUUUAUUGCCAAUUGGACGAUUAUCCGAAUAUUCUUCAUUGCGGAAAUUACUCAUGGAGAAAUACAAGAUACACGAAGCGGUCUUUGAUCGAAGACAAGCUGCUCCACGAUUUGUCAUUCGACCAACCUCUCAAUUUUGUUAUGAGGGUCAAAGCGUUAAGUUUUAUUGUCGAUGCAUUGCAAUUGCUACCCCUACAUUAACGUGGUCGCACAACAAUAUUGAGUUGCGGCAGAGCGUUAAAUUUAUGAAAAGAUAUGCUGGUGAUGAUUAUUACUUUAUCAUAAAUCGAGUUAAACUCGAGGACCGAGAAUAUAUCAUUAGAGCCGAAAAUCAUUAUGGCUCACGCGAGGAAGUCGUUUUCCUCAAUGUCCAUCCCCUGCCAAAAGAACAGCCCAGAUAUCGAAUUGAAUCGACGCCGGUUCGUCGCCGUGAACCAUUGCCUUACACAUUCUGGCAGGAAGAAUCCGAGUCGGCACCCAGUUUUACAUUCCUUUUACGUCCACGCGUAAUGCAAGCUCGUGACACAUGUAAGCUUCUUUGUUGCCUCAGUGGUAAACCAGUUCCUACCGUCAAAUGGUAUAAGGAUGGGCGUGAAUUAAGUAAAUACGAGUACGCCAUGACCCAUUCAGAUGGUGUUGUCACAAUGGAAAUAAUUGAUUGCAAGCCUUCGGACUCCGGCAAAUAUAGUUGCAAAGCAACUAAUUGCCAUGGGACUGACGAAACUGAGUGUGUUGUUAUAGUUGAAGGAGAAUGGGUUACGCCUGAGCAGGCUGAACUUGCUCACAAUUUUCUAUACUCAGGAGAUCGUAAGUACAUUGAACAACCCAUCAAGCCAUCCCCAGCACCAAUUAUCACAAACCGUCAAUUUACAUCAUCAACCAGUAAUGCGCAGACGGCGAGAACCAGCUUAACUUCUGAUGGCAAGACUGUCAUCAGCACAAACAGUAGUUCCUCAACAACUCAGAAUAGCAUUUCAAGUAAGAAGAAAUAUGCAGCCAAUUCCUUACAAGCGCCAGGCAGCCCAUCUAGAUCUCGAAGUGCCACCAAAGAGCUAAUACUUCCUCCGGACGACUCGUUAAUGUGCAAGCCGGAGUUUACAAAGCCUCUUUUUGAUUUGACUGUACACGAUGGCGAUGAAUUAGUAUUAAGUUGCCAUGUAAAAGGCGAUCCAGAACCACAAAUCACAUGGUCCAAGAACGGCAAGACUAUAUCUUCCUCGGAAAUAAUGGACUUAAAGUAUAAGAAUGGUAUUGCCACUCUUACCAUUCAUGAAAUUUUUCCGGAAGAUGAAGGCAUUUUCACAUGCACUGCAACAAAUUCAAUCAGUGCUGUCGAAACCAAAUGCAAACUAAGCGUUAAACUUUUGGACAAAGUGUCGAGCAACCGUAGUGUACCGGUUGGAAGCGAUAAACAACCUAAAAUUGUAAGCCAUUUGGAAUCAAGAUUUGUUAAAGAUGGAGAUGCAGUUACUCUGGCUUGUCGUAUUAUUGGCGCCAAACAUUUUGACGUAGUAUGGCUGCAUAAUAAUAAGGAAAUCAAACCCAGCAAGGAUUUCCAAUACACGAAUGAGGCGAAUAUUUAUCGCUUACAGAUCGCAGAAAUAUUUCCAGAGGAUGGUGGUACUUACACGUGUGAGGCGUUUAACGACGCUGGUGAAACUUUCAGCACAUGUACCAUAAGUGUCGUCGUACCUGGUGACGAACCGAAGUCGCCAACUUUUAUCAAAUUUCCUAUUUCUGUUUCUUUAACGGAAGGAGAGAAAGCUAAUUUUGAAUGUGAGCUCGACAGCGAUCUGUUAAAUCUGUCUUGGAUGAAAGAUGGCAAGCCUGUUGAUGAGUCGCAUUCGAGAUACUCAUUCACCAAGGACAACAAUCGUUAUACGUUUACAAUCAUCAAAUGCACAUUAGAUGAUGUUGGCCAAUAUCAGACGAAGGCAAUGGCUACGAAGGGUGAAAGCCUGUGUGCAUUUUCGCUUAAUGUGCAGAGCCCUGAUGCCUAAAGCACAUGCAACUAUUUAGACUGCUCAUUAUUUACUAAACAUAUCUCAUCAAAAUUUGAAACAAAAUUAAAUCUCAAAAAUCAAUUAUCAAAAGGUAACCAACGAUACAGAUAUUCUCUAUCCUUCAUUAGUGACUAUAACUACAACCUCAAUUAUAUGUGGACUGACAAUAAUACGAAGAUCACCUAUUAUUUAUAGAGAAAAAACAAAAAUGUUUUGCUUAUAUUUAAAUAAUAGUAACAUUUAGGCGAAAUGUAAUUUCAUAUUUUAUUGUAUGAUACAACUGCUAUGUACAUUAAUUGACUCUUGACCAUUCUACGAAAAUUCUAUAGCGGGUCAAUCAAACUGUCGUUCAAUCUGUGGCACUUAUGCUGGCAUCCUCACUUAAAAUCUUCACUGCAUAAGUUUCACAUUUUAGAUCGCCAUGAUUUUUUUCUGCUAUUUUCAUAUAAUAUUAUUGCGAUUAAUUGAACCAAAAAUAGAUUACAAUAAAGCUGAAAUAUCGAAAAUCGAAAAAAAUAAACGAAUUGCAAAUUUACAA